UUUUGCCACAAUUUUAUUAAAAAUUAUCACAAAGAGAUAAAUUUUUUUUCGUUUUGGCAUCACUGCUCAUAUGUAAAUGGAGAAACGAAGAAAACAACGUGACAGAGUUGCGACGCGCACGUUCGACAACGAAAUCAACCAAAUAAACUGAACAACGAAAUCAACGACAGAAACAGAGUCAGCGCAUCUCGUAUUAUUACGAGCUUGUUUGUUUGUUUGUUUGUUUACAUUUUUCUCGAUGACUACAAAGUAUUAGUAACAAAAAACGUAAAUGUGUGCAGAAAACAGUAUUGUUACACGUGCGGACAUUACUAGGAUAUACUGUACUUGAUCCGGGAAAUUGUGCAUAUAGGCGAUUGAUUUUUACAUAAUUUCUAAAUGAAUAGCGCUUUGCACUGACCGCCGCUCAUUUUAAUUGUUUCGUUUUGUGCGUGCAUUUUCCACAUUUUCUGUGGUGUACCUAGAUACACUGGAGUUAUUAAAAAAAAAAAAUUGUUGUUGAACGAGUUCUUGCGAAUAUUAUAAAUUUGCGGCGUGGGGCAGAACUGUGUAGUAGUGGCGAAGGAGACGAUGAUAUGGCGAAUAUGAAGGUGGAGCUCAAUUUGGAGGCACAUAAACCGAUGCAAAAUCCUCGAGUAACUGUAGCUUUCGAUAAUAAGCGUACGGAUGUAGAGCAAGUAAAUGAAAAUGGGACACAAACGGGAACAUAUAUAACAAGGGCCAAAAUGAAUCCUGCCAAGAGUGAUAAUGAAAAGCGAAGACGCAAAGACGUAAUGCGAAAGAUAUCGAACAUCUUCAAAAAAUGCGAAUCAUUGCUGACAGCAGAAGAUCGGCAAUUGUGUGAAAAAAACCCGGAUAUUGUUAAGCAAAUAAAGAAACGCAAAGAACGAGUUGAAAUUUACAAGGACCGCAUCGUUGAAAAGGAAGACGAACCGCAUGUUAUCGAAGCAAAAGUAGAAGAGUUGGCUGCGAUAAUAUCGCAGUCGAAGCACUUGAUUUGCUACACUGGCGCAGGAAUCAGCACAUCCGCUUUAAUACCAGAUUACCGUGGCAGUAAAGGAAUUUGGACACUGUUGCAGAAAGGCGAAGAUAUUGGCGAACAUGAUUUAUCAGCAGCAAAUCCCACAUACACUCAUAUGGCACUCUAUGAAUUACAUCGACGCCGACUUUUACGUUACGUUGUUUCGCAAAACUGCGAUGGGCUGCAUUUGCGGUCCGGCUUACCGCGAGCUUCUUUAUCUGAAAUACACGGUAACAUGUACAUGGAGGUAUGUAAACAUUGUAAAUCCGGUCCGGCGGUAUAUUGGCGACUAUUCGACACCACAGAAAUUACGGCGCGUUAUUGCCACAAAACAAAUCGCCUUUGUCACCACUGUUCGGAACCGCUCUAUGAUACUAUUGUGCAUUUCGGUGAGCGCGGAAACCUUAAAUGGCCUUUAAAUUGGGCAGGCGCUUGCCAUCAUGCGGAGAAAGCCGAUGUCAUAUUGUGUUUGGGAUCUAGCUUAAAGGUGCUAAAAAAAUACACAUGGUUGUGGCAAAUGGAUCGCCCAGCGAAACAACGUGCAAAGAUAUGUAUUGUCAAUUUGCAAUGGACACCAAAAGAUAGUAUUGCGGCAAUAAAAAUUAAUGGAAAAUGCGAUCGCGUCAUGGAAAUGUUAAUGCGUGCACUCAAUAUAACUGUGCCGAUAUACACCAAGGAGAAGGAUCCAAUUUUUUCGCACGCUUCACUGCUCAUGCCCGAAGAGCUGCACACAUUAACACAGCCUCUGCUAAAGCGCGGUGGUGAAGAUGUCGAUAAGGAUACUGAGACAGCCGAAGAUGAGCAUGACACAUGUACUAGUGCGACUGAGGAAACCUUGGACUCGAUUAUGUCUGGCGACAGUGGUGCAGAUUUGCCAAUAGGCAAAGGACCACGGAUACGAACGCCUUUAAAAAAUAGUACGCGCAUAAAAACCAAUCUUGAAUUGAAAUACAAGAUACCGCGCAUGGAAAUUGCAAGUGAAGCGCAGAGUUGUGAAGACGAUGGUAGAAGCGAAAGGAGCGACAACAGUUUUAAGGAAGUAACGAGAAAAGGCGUAAGAAAUGAAACGAAAAUCAAAAGCGAACAGCGAGUGGAUAAGCCUAAUGCAGACGGAAUACGUAUUAGUAUAAAAGAGGAAUGUGGUCCUUACACAAAUAUUUCGGGGCAGGUUGAGCAAAUGGACAUAACUGAAAGUCAUUGUGCGAACAUGCCGGAAGAAAAACGACUUAAGGUCGAGUGUAUUAAGGAGGAGGAAAUGCAGAAAACUUAUAGUGAGCUAAAAUGGGAGAACACUAAGACAGAAGCUAUUGCAACUAGUCCUAUAAAAGCUGAGUCUAACAACUAUACUUUAAAAACCUUCUCUGAUUUAAAUCUGCCAUUAACAGCAUCUGUGGAUACGGUUACGACGAUUGAGUCUAAAAUUAAAUUGGAAAUGAUUUCUAACGAUUAUAUUGCAACAAUGCCGAGUAUGGAGUCAACUCCCAUACAGCCUAGAGCGAAAAUAGUGUUGAGCUCAAAUUUGCCCAGCGAAAAUAUACCUUCGAACACAAACGACUGCAAGGAUGUUUUAACCAAUCUAAACUCUCUUAAAACAGAAAUUGAUGAAGUGAAAAUUGAAAAUAUAGUCGAGAUUAAAUCCGAAAUUCCCAUUGGAAUGCCUGCUCUGGUGCCCAUUAGGCAAACUUUAUUAUCGACUCAAAAGACACCCAAUGCGGAGGUGAAGCCUAAAGUUGACCAAAAUGAUACAUUCAACAGUGAUUCACAUAGAACGCUGGAGGCCAUUGAUAAUGUUGUUAAUUCCGAUGAAGAUGAGUCGAGUUGUGAGAAUGUUGUUGCGCAAAUGGAUAUACUGAAAUUGGCAAAAAAGAGGACAAUGAAUGGGAGCAACAAUGGUGCGCAACGCUACUGGCUAUUGCGAAAAUUGCCCUGCUGGUACGACGUCAAGUACGCUUAUUCAGGUUUGCAUAGUAUUGUGUAUCCGCCACCAGCUGAUUUGAAUAUUUGGAACUAUCAAGUAAUACCAAUAUUUUCCAUGAAUCGUGCUGCAGCCGAAUGCGAAUUCUGCUUUGAUAAUUAUGCCGAAUUUGAGUGUCAAUUCUAUCGGAAAUGGCAUCUCAAUGAACGCAAACACAAGAAACGCGCACGCAACGGGCGCUUUGUAGUGUGCGAAUGCUGUUCAUAUUCCGAUCAAGACGAUGAUGAUUACGAUGAGAAUAUCUCGUUAGCACAUAUAGCAGCAGCUGAGACGGCAAAGCGACAAAUGCAGUUAAGUAACACUUUUCCGCGCAAAUUGGCGCGCACGCAAGCGGGCUGGUACGGCAAGGGCUAUAGGAAAGCGAGGCGACGUAAAUAACGCGCUGUAUCGUAAGUCUGAUUUUGUUUUUUAUGAGAACAAGUGAUUUACUAUAUAUAAGGCAGCAGAGUGCCAUUUUUGGUAACCACACAAAACUUUUUAGUAUUCAUUAACUAUGAUGAAAUGUACAAGUAUUUCUAUUUAAGUUUUAUAGCUUUGAUGCAUUUCUGUGUAUUAUUAAAAUCUAUUCUACUUUUCGUGGAGUGGAGAGAUAAUCUUUCAAAUUAUUUCGAUUAUUGCGCAUUUAAUUAAAAUUUGUAAAAGCGUAUUUAAUAACUUUAAUAUAAGAUGCAAUGUACUGAAAUUUUUUUAUCGAACGAGAUUCAUAACACUUAGUAGAUACAUAGGCAUACGCCCGUUCAUAAAAAAAAUAUUUGUAAUACAGAUGUAAUUGUCUUUCUUUACGUACAAUUGACGCUGACAAAAUCUCUCAAGCAGCGCGCUAGAAUGUAAGAUUGGUAAAUUUGUUAAAUAAAAAAUGGUAAGAACAUAAAUUAUAAAGAAAAAAUAAACGCUGACAUGGAAAUACUCUCA